AUGCCCGAGGUUGAGGAAUAUACAAUUGGUUGGAUCUGCGCUUUGACCAAAGAGCUCAUUGCAGCCAAAGCCUUCCUCGAUGUUCUUCACGAUCCUGUUGACAACGCAGCCAUCAACGAUGACAACAAUUACACGCUGGGUAGCAUCGGAAAACACAAUGUGGUCAUUGCAGUCUUGCCGUACGGGCAAUACGGUCUUGUCAAUGCCGCGGCUGCCCUGAAAGAUAUGACCAGGACUUUUUCCAACCUGCGAGCUGUCCUCAUGGUCGGAAUUGGUGGCGGCGUCCCCGGCACUAAGGAUAUCCGCCUGGGUGACAUCGUUGUUGGAUCUGUAGGUCGAAACAACAGCGGUGUCAUCCAGUACGACUAUGGGAAGGCAGUCCAAGGCGAGGAAUUCGCCAUUGCUGGUCACUUGAACCAGCCGCCUGUGGCAUUCCUAACAGCUAUGAGUGCUCUGCACGCUACGUAUGAAAUGGAAGGUCACAACAUUGAGAGCAAUAUCGAUAAGAUCCUUCGAAAGUACAAGCGGCUGGAGAAGAAAUACAAGCGGCCCGCUGCUUCUACCGAUCGAUUGUACGAAGCAAAUUGUUUCCAUGAAGGGGGCGAGGGUAUUGACUGCAACGAGUUUUGCAGUGAUGACAAGCUUGUGCGCAGAGACGAACGAGGCGACGACGAAGACAAUCCUGCUAUUCAUUGCGGCCUGAUAGCAUCUGGAAAUUCUUUGAUGAAAGAUGCGCUUCUACGCGAUAAGCUCGCAGCGAAACAUGGUAUCUUGUGCUUUGAGAUGGAAGCUGCAGGGUUGAUGAAUCACUUCCCGUGCGUGGUCAUCAGAGGAAUCUGUGACUAUGCUGAUUCGCAUAAGAAUGAUCAAUGGCAGGAGUAUGCGGCGAUGGUGGCAGCAGCAUACACAAAGGACUUGCUCCUUCAGGUUGCUCCAAGCAGUAUGCUCAAGGAGAAACGGAUUGAAACUCUUCUGGGACAACUGAACGACAAGGUUGAGAACAUUCACCAGAUAGCCACUGACAGCAACCGUAACAUUAUAUCUCUCUCGUCCAGCAUUCGAGAUGAUGCUAUAUCGAGAUGGCUGAAUCCAUCUGAUCCCUCGGUCGAUCACAACAAGGCUCGUCAAACAUGUCACUCAGGCACUGGGGAGUGGUUGUUAAAAAGCCCCCAAUAUCUCACUUGGAAGUCUAGAGCCAAUUCUUUCCUCUGGCUAUCUGGGAACUCCGGUACAGGGAAGACCAUUCUGAGCUCGACAGUCAUUGAAGAUAUAAGAAACAGCUCUCAUUGCGGACUUCGCAACUGCGCAGUACUUUACUUCUACAUUACGUUCACCGACACCCAAAAACAGUCUAUUGAAGCUAUUCUUCGAUCUCUGAUCCAUCAGCUUUACCGCAGCCGGUCAGAAUCCCGGCAUCCGAUCACUACAAUAUAUUCGGAAUGUGGCAGAGGGAGUAGCCAACCGAGUAUAGAACAGCUGAAAUCCACCUUUCGCGAUAUGCUGUUGACUACGGCAGAAGUCUUCGUUUUGAUUGAUGCGUUAGACGAAUACAAGAACCGGAGCAUCCAGCGUGAUGAGCUAUUAAUCUGGAUAGAAAGUAUUCGUAACGGACCAACCAACACCCAUCUCCUCGUUACAAGCCGUUCUGAACAUGAUAUUAAGACUUCUAUCGAAACAUGGGCGAUUCCUGAAACUAUCAUGUCUCUCAAAACAGACAGUGUGGGUAGAGAUAUCUCUGAGUAUGUUCGUGAUGUCGUGGCCAACUCGACGAGCUUUCGCCGCUGGCACGGGCAUACAUCAACCCAGGAUCACAUCGUUCACGCCCUGACAGCGAAGGCAGGUGGAGUUUUCCGUUGGGUGGCCCUACAAUUAGAGCGCUUAAAAGACUGCAUCAACAAAGAGGAAGUCAACAUGAUCCUUGAGACUCUUCCAGCUUCGCUUCAAGAGACAUACUACCAAAUAAUAAACGAUCUCACAGAUACUAGAAGGAAGUAUGUCAUUCGAAUCCUUCAGUUUCUAGCAUAUUCGGACAUCCCACUCGAGCUUGAAGCGGCUGUCGAUGUUCUUGCCAUAAAUCUUACAGCAUCACCCGGAUCACGAUUCGUCAUGAAGGAACGUAUGCCAUUACCAGCUGAAAUAUCUUCACUUUGUUCUACGCUAUUUGUCGCGGUUUCUUGGAACAGUGGUCCAGUUCUCGGUAGAAGGUACGAUGCGGCAUCAGUACUACAAUUAGCCCAUUCAUCUGUGAAAGAGUUCAUAUCUUCCUGUCCCAGGACCGAGUUCGGCGGGUUGUUGACUGAGCCCACCCCAAGUUCGACGAUCAGUGAAAUUUGCCUGGUAUAUUUUUUGGAAAUGGACUAUAUCUUACCCAAUGAAGAGUUGAAGAGGACGUACCACUUCAUGCCAGUAGCUGUGGACCGUUGGUUGCACGAGGCCUCCCGUCGCAAGUCAAGUCUCAACAGGUUCACACAUUUAUCAAUGGAGCUCUUUUCGAACAGCUUACUUUUCAAUCGUUGGCGUACACUUGUUGAGGAUAGGUUAUAUGAAACACGUCCUUGGCACAUUCAUCGUUUACAACGGCAGGAUCAGCUAUUUUACGCAAGCUGGUCUGGGGACGAAAGCUGUGUCAACAAGCUACUAGAUCCAAGCCUCAUAGGGAAUACCACAAGGUGGAAGCUCAACCCUGCCAUGCAUAUUGCCGCCGAGUUUGGCCAUUUGGAGACUGUUGCGCUUCUAAUUCGGAAAGGCGCUGAUGUGAACGCCGAGGGAAAAGACAACAAUGUCCUUUGUACUGCUGUCAUAGCUGGCCACCUGGAUGUUGUCGCAUUUCUGGCUAAGGAAGGCGCCGAUCUCGACGCCCGACAAUCAUGGGUUGACAAUGCUCUUGAACUCGCCUGUAGAUUUGGCCGCUUGGAUAUCAUAGAACUUUUGAUCAAGCAAGGUGCUGAUGUCAAACCUCAGUCUAAUGCCCUUAGCCAUGCCUGUUUGGGUGACGAUUUGAAUAUUGUCAAGCUUAUAGUGGACAAAGGUGCUGAUGUCAACACCGGCCUUGGAAGUGCCUGCAGCAAUGGCCGAUUGAAUAUCGUCAUAUUCUUACUCGAAAAAGGUGCUGAAAUUAAUGUCCGAGGAAGAGAAGACGUUACUGGCCUUCAACUUGCUUACAGGUAUGGCCACUUGGAUAUUGUUGAGCACCUUUUGGAGAAGGGUGCUGAUAUCAAUGCCCAAGGAAGCUAUGGCAGCAGUACCCUUCACUAUGCCUGUAGCUUUGGCAAUUUAAACAUUGUUAAGCAUCUAGUAGAGAAGGGUGCUAGUAUAAAUGUCCAAGGAGGUCUCUUUGGCACUGCUCUUUGUGUCGCCUCCCUGAGGGGCAACUUAAAUAUCGUCAGAUAUCUAGUGCAGAAAGGUGCCGAUGUAAAUGCUCCAGGGGGGCAUUUUGAUAACGCAUUGCAAGCUGCUAUCAGCAGUGAGGAAUACGAAACAGCCGAGUUCCUUCAAAAUCAUAAAGCCAGUCCUAAGUACGUUCAUAUGCUAAACACUGACCAUCGUUAA